UAGUUCACCGCGUCGCCGAAUAAGCUUCCCAAGGGCAUCUUCUGCGCCGAUAUAGAUCGCCUCUGUUGCAAGCAGGAAAGCGUUUGAAUUAGUCCUCUUGGGUAGAAAUCUUGCGUUUCAUCGUCAGAGACUCUUCGGGAUUUCGAAUACCGCAGAGCUUUAGUGCGAGAGAGUGAACUUGGUAGCAUUUUUCCGAUCUGUGUUGUGAGCAUUCUUUCCUAUCGAGGUUGUGCAGGGGAUAUCGUAGGAGUGAAGAUGAGUUCGGAUGGAGCCGGAGCGAUUGCAUUCAAGGGCCUGGGAUUGAUGAUGAACGCUUCCAAGCAAGGCAUGGCAGCCUUGUCUGGGGGUUUGGACAAGGUGCGCAAGCAGUACGCCUCGAAGCACCAGGCCGACGUGAUCGCAGAGCUUAAGAAGAAGAACGUUCCUCCCAGCGAGCUAAUGUUUCAAUCUUUGCAGAAGCUUGAUUUUCUUUCUCUGGCUGGAUACAAACACGAAGUCACUCUUGUGUCGCAGCAGACUGCAAAGAGGCUGCUUGAUCCUGAGAAGAGCUCAGUGCCACUAGAGAUGGUCUUGGUGCUCGGAGGCUCCAUGAGUGAAGAAGCCCAGAGGUUUGGUGACUUCCAGAAGAGUUCAAUACUGCAAGGACUGCAAGAAUACAUUAACAUGUCUAGGAUGGGGAAGGACCACUAUGACAGGGAUACCAUGGUGCAUGAAUUCUAUUAUGCAAUAUUGUUGUGCACAGAGGAAGUGGGAGGUGACUGGCAACGCUUUGAAGGAAUUUGCAAGGAAGUUGUGCGGCGAGUGGCAACGAUGAGGACUGCACCGGAUGCAAAUCAUGAGUUGCAGAACAAGUCAGCUAAAGCCUUGUUCACUUUCGCCUCGGCUAUUAAAAUUGCUGCUCAACAAGAGGAGCAGAAGCGCAAUAAAGCUUUGAGAGACGCCGAGGCUUUGAUUCAGAAAGAGCAAGAGAAAAAAUCGAGAGCAUCUGCUUCGGAGCCUCUUCAGGCGCAACGGCCAGCUGUAAACCAACAGCCAACAACCAAUUGAUGCCGGAACGCAGCCAGCAACCCGUCUUGCAUUGGUGCAUGCAAGUUAUCAUGUUGUCUUUUCGAAUGGGUCUACAAGCUCACAGAAUUUCUAAUUUAUUCGCAAUUGCAUUGAUCUGUAGCCCGGAUGUUAUGUGAGUUGUAUAUCAGCUUUGCUAUAUCAUGUGCUUGAUCCUUGCACUAAUUUUAUUGAAUUUUUCAGUACUCUAAAAUAUUACUUUGAGCUGUGUUGGCAAAGAUCUAGCUGCAAUACGAGGCAUGCGAAAUCUACGAGUAGUUUGUUCGUUUACUUAGAUGCGUUAUUUAGGUCUGGUGAGUGGCAUUGAAAAUCUCGUGUACAAACGUACUUGUAAUCAACUGUUCAAAAUA